AUGCUUUCGAGUGGAAGUCAACGGUGCGGUCUCCGACCAACAGCUUGGUUCAAUCGGCGGAGGGACUCGGUGGGUAUCUUUGCGCAAUCAAGUCAUUAUCCCCGACCUUCUUGGUCUAUUGUCGAUGUGGCCCCUGCUGGCCAUAGGGGUUGUUGCCCCCUUGUUGUUGGCCUCCACCAUACGACCCUCCCGGUUGUUGGUAUUGCGGAUUGUACUGCCCAUACUGAGCAGGAUACGCUGCACCCCGGCCGAAGCCCUGCGGGUUUGGGUUUCGUGGUUGGGUUCCGGGCUGUUGAUAACCACCUGGCGCCAUGGGCAUUGUGUAUCCACCUCUUCCGGCGAAGCCACCACCGCGACUCGGGCCGCCCUGCCUGCUGUCCUGGGCAUGAUCUACUCGAAUCAGACGACCGUCGAAUCUGUUCAAGAGGUCAGCUUUUGAAGGGUUGUGGAUGCUGCCCUGGCGCCUCACUCGGUGUUGUUCAUUCUCUGAAGAGCCUCGUCGGCUUCCGCUUUCGUCGCGAACCGCACAAACCCAAACCCUCUGCUGCGAUUUGUGUCGCGGUCUUUGACGACAACCUGGACGACAUCAGCCACCCAUUCACAAGUCGUCGACGCAUUCGGUUACCGCCUCCUCCACCUUGCCGAAUUGCUGGAACCCCUCGUAUAAUGUUUCGUCGGUAG